GGUCGAAGUUCAACCGCUGAGCCACACCCUGCCGGGCUUCUUCACAUUUUCUUUAUCCAUUCAUCUAUUGAUGGACGUUUAGGCUGCUUCCACUUCUUGGCACUGGUGAAUAGUGAGGGAAUGAACAUGAGUGUGCAACUAUCUCUUCAAGAUCCUGUUUUCAAUUAUUUUGGAUGUAUUUUUAGUAUUAUUUUAAAACUUUUUAACUGUGGAGAAUUUUAAACAUAUACACAAGUAGAUAAAAUAUUAUAAUGAACAUGCAGGCUGAAUAAAUGAGUCAGUUGUACCAAACAGCCUCCCAAAAUACCUAGGGCUUUUGCUGAACCCUCCCUUUCACAGAGAGCUUGUUAUGGGUGAGAAUAUUUUGAGUUUUGUUUCAGACCCGAGAUGUUCUAGCUGCAUUUCAUCAUCUAGGCCCUCAGCCAUCAGUGGGACUUGAGUGCCCAGCUGAAGGCCAUAUAUACCAGGAGUAUUGGUAGAUAUAAACAAGUAGAAAUCAAUGUAGAUGCCUUUUCUCAGUUAUAAAGAUGAGGAGCUGAGCUUGGGGUGCAAAGUGGUCUUUGUGCCCAAGAGUUCUGCUCUGAUUCUGCAACUCCCUUAGAUGCACUAUUGUCCUGAAAGCACUCACUUUGAGCAGAGAUGUUUGACACUGGAUGAUACCUAGAAGAAGCUGAGAAGAUGAGUUGUACAAGCAUUGACUGCUAUAGGAAUUCAAAGGAAAACUGAAUUAAUCCAGACUGGGAAAGUCAUGGAAGGCUAUUCUCAAGGAAUGUAAUAGUAACUUUGCCCUGUUUCCAUUGACCAUGUGUGUUUGAUCCUUAUGUUUAUUCCUACAUGGAAAAAGACAGAGCUGCUGGUCAGCGAAUACCCUGGAAUGGUAGCCUACUAGUCCUGAAUUGCGCUCUGGACUUUUAGCUGUGGGACCUGUGCUACCCAAGGCUCCUAGGUGGAAUGCUUCCCUGAUCAGAAUUGGCUGUGUGGAAAGAGAACUACCCCUAGUUCAUCUGUGUGAAGCAUACUCAGAAGGCCAACUUUUCUUUACCAUGACCCAAAAUGAGUUGUUUUAUUUUGUUUUUGUCUAUGAUACGAGCCUAAUACAGACCUUUGCCAAUAAGACAACAGGAUGGGGGAUGUGUCUAUUCUCUCAAAUUCCCAAGAAAAAUUCACUUAUGUGCAUACAUAUGAUUGCACACAACUUCAGAGGCGACUUUUAGGACCUACUGAAGCCUAUCUUCUUGCAGUCCACGGACUCCAAAGGGAAGAAUGCAGACGAUCAAAUGUGUGGUUGUAGGAGAUGGGGCUGUAGGUAAGACCUGCCUCCUCAUCAGUUACACAACAAAUGCCUUUCCUGAAGAGUAUAUCCCCACUGUCUUUGACAACUAUAGUGCCCAGACAUCUGUGGAUGGCCAAAUCGUCAGCCUGAACCUGUGGGACACAGCUGGUCAAGAAGAAUAUGACCGACUGAGAACUCUCUCCUACCCCCAGACAAAUAUCUUUGUCAUUUGUUUUUCCAUUGGCAACCCACCCUCUUAUGCCAAUGUGAGGCAUAAGUGGCACCCAGAGGUCUCCCAUCAUUGCCCCAAUGUACCUGUUCUGCUGGUAGGCACCAAGAGGGACUUGCGGAGUGACCUUGAGACAGUGAAGAAGCUGAAGGAACAGAGCCUAGUGCCCACAACUCCUCAGCAAGGCACAUCCCUGGCUAAGCAGGUGGGGGCUGUGAAGUAUCUGGAAUGUUCUGCCCUGAUGCAGGAUGGGGUACACGAGGUAUUUUCAGAAGCUGUCCGUGCUGUGCUUUACCCUGCCACAAAGAAGAUCACCAAAAAGUGUGUCCUCUUAUAGCUUUCGGAGUGGUACUUUGGGACUUCACACAAGGGGAAUAAGGGGGGACUCUUUUGACAGCAUUUAACAAUGCCCACAGAGCCAUAUGUCUCUUCUUCUGGAAACCCUAGGGUCCCAGCUACUAGGCUUUUGGAGGAACGAAGACAUACAUGGCUGCUUUGCAGUUUGUUCUGAACCUUUUGGAGGAAGUUUAAGUGUGUGUGUGUCCCAUCAAAGUGGUAAAAAGAACCACCACCGAGCGCUGUUCUCUCCUGUCCUGGCCAGGCUACAACUAAGUAGUUCUUUGUAGACUUUUACUUGUUUGCUUUUAAAGUUCAGCUUUCUUGGCUGUAUUUACCAUUUAGCAAGUGCCUCACAGAAGGACAAGGCUUUCCAAUUUUCCAAUCAUUGCCUUAAACUUUCUGAUAGAAUUUUUUUUGUUAAUCCUCACCUGAGGAUAUUUUUUC